AUGACAGCAGCGACAAUCGAUGUCGAUAAUUUGAUGAGCCGUCUGCUCAACGUCGGAAUGUCCGGAGGACGAUUGACGACGUCGGUGAACGAGCAAGAACUGCAAUCGUGCUGCGCCAUCGCCAAGUCGGUGUUCGCCUCGCAGGCGUCGUUGCUCGAGGUGGAGCCGCCGAUCAUCGUGUGCGGAGACAUCCACGGACAGUACUCGGAUCUGCUGCGUAUCUUCGACAAGAACGGCUUCCCUCCCGAUGUGAACUUCCUGUUCCUCGGCGAUUACGUCGACCGCGGACGCCAAAACAUCGAGACGAUCUGCUUGAUGUUCUGCUUCAAGAUCAAGUGAGUGACACUUCAGUUCUAUCAAACGAAGAGACUUGUAGGUACCCGGAGAACUUCUUCAUGCUGCGCGGAAAUCACGAGUGCCCGGCCAUCAACCGUGUGUACGGCUUCUACGAAGAAUGCAACCGCCGCUACAAGUCGACUCGUCUCUGGUCCACCUUCCAGGACACGUUCAACUGGAUGCCGCUCUGCGGACUCAUCGGAGCCCGCAUCCUUUGCAUGCACGGAGGCCUCUCCCCGCACCUCCAAUCGCUCGAUCAGCUCCGUCAGCUGCCACGUCCUCAGGAUCCUCCAAACCCGUCCAUCGGAAUCGAUCUUCUGUGGGCCGAUCCGGAUCAGUGGGUGAAGGGAUGGCAGGCGAACACUCGCGGAGUGUCGUACGUCUUCGGACAGGACGUCGUCACCGACAUCUGCCAGAAGCUCGACCUCGACCUCGUCGCUCGUGCUCAUCAGGUCGUCCAGGACGGAUACGAAUUCUUCGCCUCGAAAAAGAUGGUCACCAUCUUCUCGGCACCUCAUUACUGCGGACAGUUUGACAACUCUGCCGCUACUAUGAAGGUAGCGCAAGCAAUAGUUUCACAUUUUCUGCACGGAAUAUUUUCAGGUCGACGAGAACAUGGUGUGCACUUUCGUCAUGUACAAGCCGACGCCAAAGGCUCUCCGCCAGCAACAGUCGGCCAGAGGAUAA